AUGCAGCUUUCCAGCUCUUUCCUCUGCAUGCUCCUUGGAGCCACCGGCAUGGUCAAUGCUCUCAACAUCAAGGCCAUGUCUUUCAACAUCCGAUACGCCGAGAAGAACCCCAAGGGCAAUGAGAAGCCCUGGGGCAAGGCCGACUGUGGCGGUAGCUGCAGGGCCCCUGGCGUGAUCGGAUCCAUCGUCGACGCCGACAAGGCCGCAUCCGCCGGCGGCGGUGCGCUCCUCCCCGGCCUCCAGGAGGUCCUCGACGACCAGCGCAAGGACAUCCUCACCGCCCUCGGCAGCCAGUGGGCCUCGGUCGGCACCGGGCGUGAGGACGGCAAGGCCAAGGGCGAGUUCAGCCCCAUCCUGUACCGGACCGACGUCUGGAACCUGAUCGUCGAGCGCACCAGGUGGCUCUCGGAGACGCCCAACAAGCCGUCCAAGAGCUUCGGCGCCGGCUCGACCCGCAUCGUCACCAUGGCGAUCCUGGAGCACAAGGCGACGCGCAAGCGCGUGCUGCGCGCAAACUGCCACCUCGACAACGUCAGCUCCGAGGCACGCGAGAAGGGCGUCGCCAUCGCCGUCGACCAGAUCAAGCAGCUGCAGGCCGAGCAGGCCGACCCCAAAGCCAUGCUGCCCAUCAUGCUGACGGGCGACUUCAACGCCGACGCCAGCGACGUCGCCUACCAGAAUAUGGUCAAGAUCGGCCUCCUCGAGGACGCCUACAACAUGGUCGACGCCAAGGCCCGCAAGGGCGAGUUCGGCACCUACACCUCGUUCGAGAACAACGGCAAGGCCCGCAUCGACUUUGUCUGGCUCGGCCCCCUGCCCGCCAAGCCCUUCAAGGCCACCGCCUAUGAGGCCAUCAACAACGUCAAGGGCCCCGUCAUGUUCAGUGACCACAGGCCUGUUGUUGCCGACACCACCCUUGCCUAA